GGCAGUUUGGCCACGUCCCCGGCCACGUCGCGCCCGCUCCCGCCAUCUUUCGCCGCUUCCUCUCUCCGGGGCUGCUGUCGCCGCGUCCCGAGUCGCUGCCCAGCUCCGGUGCCGCCGUGCCGUGCCGCGCCGACCGCCACCGCCAUGAACAUCUUCCGGCUGACUGGGGACCUGUCCCACCUGGCGGCCAUCGUCAUCCUGCUGCUGAAGAUCUGGAAGACGCGCUCCUGCGCCGGUAUUUCUGGGAAAAGCCAGCUCCUGUUUGCACUGGUCUUCACAACUCGUUACCUGGACCUUUUUACUUCAUUCAUUUCGUUAUAUAAUACGUCUAUGAAGCUUAUCUACAUUGCCUGCUCCUACGCCACGGUGUACCUGAUCUACAUGAAAUUUAAGGCUACCUAUGAUGGAAAUCACGAUACCUUCCGAGUGGAGUUUCUGGUGGUUCCUGUAGGAGGCCUCUCAUUUCUAGUCAAUCAUGACUUCUCUCCUCUUGAGAUCUUAUGGACCUUCUCCAUCUACCUGGAGUCCGUGGCCAUCCUUCCACAGCUCUUUAUGAUCAGCAAGACUGGUGAGGCUGAGACCAUCACCACCCACUACCUCUUCUUCCUGGGCCUCUACCGUGCUCUGUAUCUGGUCAACUGGAUCUGGCGCUUCUACUUCGAGGGGUUCUUUGAUCUCAUUGCUGUGGUGGCUGGUGUAGUCCAGACCAUUCUCUACUGCGACUUCUUCUACUUGUACAUUACAAAAGUCCUCAAGGGAAAGAAGCUCAGCCUGCCAGCGUAAGUGCCAAAGACCAGCAGCAGCCUCUGCCCUUCAGGGUGCUCCGACAGGGUCUCACCAUGGCGAAGGCGAAGGCUCGGGAUGCUCAGUGCGCAGAAGCAGAGAAGGCUUCUUCUGCGGCAGCCGCUCACGGGUGGCUCUUCGAGGAUGCAGAGGAAGAGACCAGGGGCUUCUGUCUACUGCAUCCUGCCUUAUCUUUUUUAUUACUAUGUACAAAGAUUUUUUUACACAAAGAAACUUAAUGCUGUGUUAAUAAAUUCAGUAUGUAGAUGAAUUGGGACAGUUUCCAAAAGUGACGAUUUUGUGCAGAAUAAGUACACGCCUUUUUUUUUUUUUUUUUUUUGAGAAUUUGUUGAGGUGGUCAAUUCUUUGUGUCUACAAUGAAAUUAUACUCCUUGACACUUGGUAGAUUAUCCAAACAUCUGUCAAAUUUCCAUGCUAUUUAUUUUCUUUCUUCUUUUUUUAUUUUAUUUUAUUUUAAUUUUUUUUGCCAAAAGAUAAGUUGUGUUUGUUUGAAAUCCGAGACACUGUGUUCCAUUGGUGUUUCUGUCCAAAAGAGUCCUCAUUGUCCUGGAAACCCUUCCUCAGAUGUCACACUACAUGUCAGGUUCAGGAGGAUGACUUGACAGUCCUAAGGGUUCAUUACCAAAACUUGAAGGUUCCCAGCAGAAACUCAGCUGAUGCUCACCAAAUGCUCACCCUUCCCCCGCUGAGGUGUGGCAGCCUGAGGUUACCCGAAGUUGCUGAGAGCUGCCGCACCCAGAGGUUCUGAGCCACCUGCCCUCUGACUGGAGAGGGCUUGGGGUGAUGGCUGUUUUGGAUAGAGAACUCUGCUCCUCUGAGGAAUGGAACACAAAUAACCACCUGUCACUGUCAGUCACACAUCUGAAGGAUCACUACAACCAUGUCAGACGCAAAUGUUUUUCUCAUAGCACUUUUGGUGAUAAAAUGAUUGACAAUCUUUUUAAUUGGCAACACCAGUUAUCAUUCCUUACAUUCUUUUUAGUAUUUUUUUUUAAAACUGGGCUCUUGCAUGACCUAUAUUGUGUUAACAUCCUAAAUAAACAUUUUAUUAAACAGAA